AUGGGACAAAGAGUUUCUCACAAAAGCCAGACCAACUUCCUCCAUAGGAUCCAAUGCCUUGCACCACACCCAAAUCCUCCAUCCAAACCCACCGCCGCCUGUCACCCCCCAACUCCGCCGUUCCGGCGAAAUCCUCUCCUUCCCCGGCGCCUCCGACGACAUACUCCUCACCCUGCCUCUUUCCCGGAGUCCGCCGCCUGCCACCACCACCACCACCCCGUCGGACCCAACCAGUGCUGCUCCGCGGUCGUGCAGCACAUCGCCGCUCCGGUUCACACGGUUUGGUCCGUCCUCCGCCAGUUCGAUAACCCGCAGGCGUACAAACACUUCGUCAAGAGCUGCCGCGUCGUCGCCGGCAAUGGUGAUGUCGGAACUCUCCGGCAAGUCAAGCUAGUCUCCGGUCUCCCGGCCGAGAGCAGCACCGAGCGGCUCGAGAUCCUCGAUGAAGAGAGAUAUGUGCUCAGCUUUCGAGUCGUCGGCGGUAAGCACCGCCUCACCAACUACCGAUCGGUGACCACACUCCACGCUGCGCCGGAGAUCGCCGAAGGCGGCGCCGGCGGCACUGUGGUUGUGGAGUCGUAUGUCGUCGACGUGCCGCCGGGAAAUACUGGAGACGAUACCCGAGUUUUCGUUGACACCAUCAUUAACUGCAAUCUAAAGUCUUUGGCUCGCAUCGCAGAGAAUCGCGCCGCCGCCGCCGGCGGCCUGCUUUCGACGUGAAAAGUUGUUCCUUUUUUAUAUUUUUUUUCGCAGCUUUUGCCUUUGUUAUUUUUUGUCUUACGUGAUUUCGAUGUGGGACUAUUGUUGUGACCGCACACGGUAAACAUAGAAGAUGGGAUUUACAUUCAUACCAUACCAUUUCUUUGGGUUUAUUUACAUUUCGAACAUCUAAGCUUUACA